AUGCCCCCCGCGCUGCUGCUGCGCCUGCUGCUGGCGCUCUCCGCCGCGGCGGCCAGCGAGCCCGCGCCGGCGCCCGCCCCUGCCGCCGGGGCCGCCACCCUGGCCAUCGUCUUCGACGUCACGGGCUCCAUGUGGGACGACCUGGUGCAGGUGCUGGACGGCGCCUCGCGCAUCCUGGAGCGCAGCCUGAGCCAGCGCAGCCGCGCCAUCGCCAACUACGCGCUGGUGCCCUUCCACGACCCAGACGUUGGCCCCGUGACCCUCACCGAGGACCCCGCGGUGUUCCAGCGGGCGCUGAGAGAACUCUACGUGCAGGGAGGCGGCGACUGCCCCGAGACGAGCGUGGGCGCCAUCAUGGCCGCCGUGGAGGUGUCCCACCCCGGCUCCUUCAUCUUCGUCUUCUCGGACGCCCGGGCCAAGGACUUCCACAGGAAGGAGGAGCUGCUGCGGCUGCUGCAGCUCAGACAGUCGCAGGUGGUGUUCGUGCUGACGGGGGACUGCGGCGACCGCACGCACCCUGGCUACCUGGCCUACGAGGAGAUCGCCGCCACCAGCUCCGGGCAGGUGUUCCACCUGGACAAGCAGCAGGUGACCGAGGUGCUGAAGUGGGUGGAGUCGGCGAUCCAGGCCUCCAAGGUGCACCUGCUGUCCACGGACCACGAGGAAGCGGGGGAGCACACGUGGAGGAUCCCCUUCGACCCCAGCCUGAAGGAGGUCACCAUCUCCCUGAGUGGCCCUGGCCCCGAGAUCGAAGUCCGAGACCCGCUGGGGAGGAUCCUGCAGAAGGACGAGGGCCUCAACAUACUCCUCAGCAUCCCCGACUCAGCCAAGGUGGUGGCCUUCAAGCCGGAGCAUCCCGGGCUCUGGUCCAUCAAGGUCAUCAGCAGCGGCCGCCACUCGGUGAGGGUCACAGGCAUCAGCGACAUCAACUUCCGCGCCGGCUUCUCCACUCAGCCCUCCCUGGACCUCAACCACACCAUCGAGUGGCCGCUGCAAGGGGUGCCCAUCUCCCUGGUGAUCAACUCCACGGGCCUGCAGGCCCCUGGCCGCGUGGACUCGGUGGAGCUUUCACGCAGCUCGGGGCAGCCCCUCCUGACUCUGCCCACGCAGCUGCUCUCCAACGAAUCCACCCACCAGCUGUGGGGCGGGCCGCCCUUCCGUGCCCCCCAGGAGCGGUUCUACCUCAAGGUGAAGGGCGAAGACCACGAGGGGAACCCCCUCCUUCGCGUCUCCGGAGUUGCCUAUAGUGGGGUGGCCCCAGGCGGGCCCCUGGUCAGCAUGCCCCCCCGGAUCCACGGCUACCUGCACCAGCCCCUGCUGGUCUCCUGCGCGGUGCACAGCGCCCUCCCCUUCCGGCUGCAGCUGCGGCGGCACGGAGCCCGGCUGGGCGAGGAGAGGCACCUACAGGCGUCCGGAAACAGCAGCUGGGAGAUCCCGCGGGCCUCCAAGGCCGAGGAGGGCACGUACGAGUGCACGGCGGUCAGCAGCGCUGGCACCGGACGGGCGCAGGCCCAGGUUGUCGUCACAGACCCUCCGCCUCAGCUGGUCCCUGCGCCCAACGUGACCGUGUCCCCAGGGGAGACUGCUGUCCUGUCCUGCCGGGUCCUGGGGGACGCCCCCUACAACCUGACGUGGGUGCGGGACUGGCGAGUCCUGCCGGCCGCCCCGGGCAGGGUCAGGCAGCUGGACGACCUGUCGCUGGAGGUCAGCGCCACCGUCCCCAGCGAUGGCGGGCGGUACCAGUGCAUUGCCAGCAACGCCAACGGGGUCUCCAGGGCAUCCGCCUGGCUCCUGGUGCGAGAGGCCCCGAAGGUCCGCAUCCACACCCGGUCCCAGCGCCUCACCCAGGGCGUGGAGGUGAGGGUCAGCUGCUCGGCCUCUGGGUUCCCUGCCCCCCACAUCUCCUGGAGCCGUGACGGUCACACCCUGCGAGAGGACAGCAGAAUCCACGUGGAUGGCCAGGGAACCCUCAUCAUUCAGGGACUGGCUCCAGAGGAUGCUGGGAAUUACAGCUGCCAGGCUGCUAACGAGGUUGGCACCGACCAGGAGACCGUCACCCUCUACCACACAGACCCGCCCUCGGUCUCCGCCGUCCAGGCCGUGGUGCUCGCCGCUGCAGGCCAGGAGGCCGUGCUGGCGUGCGAGGCGUCCGGGGUGCCGCCGCCCCGGCUCAUCUGGUAUCGAGAGGGCCUCGAGAUGAUCCUGGCCGCCGAGGACUCCGGCUCCCGCACGCUGCGGAUCCCGGUGGCGCGGGAGAGGGAUGCCGGCGUCUACACCUGCCGAGCCGUCAACGAGCUGGGCGCCGCCUCUGCGGAGAUCCGGCUGGAGGUUGGACAUGCGCCCCAGCUGAUGGAGCUGCCGCGGGAAGUCAGUGCGGAGCUGGGCAGGAGCGCCCUCCUGGCCUGUCGGGCCACCGGCCGCCCGCCGCCCACGGUCACCUGGCGCCGGGGGGACAGCCGGCCGCUGGAGCCUGGCCGGGGCAGCAGGACCGGGCAGCCUGAGGCGGGCGUGCUGUUUUUUGAAAGUGUGGUCCCCGAAGACCAGGCCCCCUACGUCUGUGAAGCACAGAAUGUUUUUGGGAAGGUCCAGGCGGAGACCCGGCUCCUGGUGACGGGACACGCCCCCCCUCAGAUCGCCAGCAGCGCCCCCACCGUGCGGGUGCUGGAGCGGCAGCCGGUGUCGCUGCCCUGCAUCGUCCUGGCCGGGAGGCCCUUCCCCGAGAGGCGCUGGCUCAGGGCCGGCCAGCCGCUCCCCGCCGGCGGCCGGCACUCUGUCCGAGCGGACGGCAGCCUCCACCUGGACCGGGCGCUGCAGGAGGACGCGGGCCAGUACCGCUGUGUGGUCACCAACGCGGCGGGCUCCCAGCACCGGGACGUGCGGCUGGUCGUCCAGGUGCCCCCUAGAAUCCGCUCCACGGCCACCCACCACGUCACCAACGAGGGGGUCCCCGCCUCUCUCCCCUGCGUCGCCUCGGGGGUCCCCGCCCCCACCGUCACCUGGACCAAGGAGGCCAGCGCCCUGCCCGCCGGCGGUCCCCACUACACCGUGAGCCAGGACGGCACCCUGGUCAUCGCCCGGCCGGCCCCUCGGGACGCGGGGGCCUACGUCUGCACGGCCACCAACAGCGUGGGCUUCUCCAGCCAGGAGAUGCGGCUGUCCGUCAACACCAAGCCCCGGAUCUACGGGAACGUCUCGCACGAUUCCGACGAGCCUCUGAGAGUCACGGCCAAGGCCGGCGACGAGGUGACCCUGGACUGCGAGGCCCACGGCUCCCCACCCCCGCUGGUGGCCUGGACCAAGGACUCCCAGCCUGUGCCCGCCGGCCCUGACAGGCAUCGCCUCCUCCCGUCGGGCUCCCUGCGCCUGGCCCAGGCCCAGGCCGAGGACAGCGGUCUCUACCAGUGCAGAGCCAGUAACCCCGCGGGGUCUGCCGCGCGGCACUACGUCCUUGGGGUGCAAGUCCCCCCUCAGGUGCAGCCAGGCCCCCGGGUCCUGAAGGUCCUGGCUGGCGAAGCUGUGGACCUCAACUGUGUGGCUGAGGGCACCCCAGAGCCCAGGCUGAGCUGGUCCAAGGAUGGGGAGGCCCUGCGGGGUGGGGGCCCCGAGGGCUCCGUCCACUUCGCAGCCGUCCGGCCUUCGGACGCCGGCACGUACCGCUGCGAGGCUGCCAACAGCGCCGGGGCGGACGCCUGGGAGCUGGAGCUCAGGGUGCUGGAGCCGCCGCACUGGGGAGCCGACGAGACCAGCGGGCUGCUGGAGAGGGUGGCCGGAGAGAACGCCAGCCUGCCGUGCCCCGCCCGAGGGACCCCCCAGCCGCAGGUCACGUGGCGGAAGGGCCCGUCGGCGGAGCCGCUGCGCGGCCGGCCGGGGCUGGCGGUGCUGGACGGAGGCUCCCUGUUCCUGGCCGAGGUCUCCCCCGGCGACAGCGGCGACUACGAGUGCCAGGCCACCAACGAGGCGGGCUCGGCGUCCCGGAGAGCCAAGCUGGUGGUCCUGGUGCCCCCCAGCAUCCGGGAGGACGGACGCAGGGCCAACGUGUCGGGCAUGGCCGGCCAGUCCCUGACGCUGGAGUGCGACGCCAGCGGCUUCCCAGCCCCCGAGGUCACUUGGUUCAAGGACGGGCAGCCGAUCCCCGACGGGGACAGCCACCGCCUCCUGAGCGAGGCCCGGGCCCUGCACCUCCCCAGGGUCCAGGCGGGCGAUUCCGGCCUCUACUCCUGCCGGGCCGAGAACCAGGCGGGCACCGCGCAGCGGGACUUCGAGCUUCUGGUGCUCGUCCCGCCCUCCGUGCUGGGAGCCGGGGCUGCGCAGGAGGUGCUGGGCCUGGCCGGCGCCCCGGUGGAGCUGGAGUGCCGGACCGCGGGGGUCCCUGCGCCCCAGGUGGAGUGGACCAAGGACAGGCAGCCGGUCCGGCCCGGGGACCCGCACGUCCAGCUCCUGGAGGACGGCCAGCUGCUCCGGAUCGCCAGCAGCCACCUGGGCGACGAGGGGCGGUACCAGUGCGUGGCCUUCAGCCCCGCCGGCCAGCAGGCCAAGGACUUCCAGCUCCGGAUACACGCACCUCCCACCAUCUGGGGCUCCAUCGAGACCAGCGAGGUGGCCGUCAUGGAGGGCCACCCGGCGCGGCUGCUGUGUGAGGCCCGCGGCGUGCCCGCCCCUGACAUCACCUGGUUCAAGGACGGGGCCCCGCUGCCCCCCAGCCCCGAGGCCGCCUACGCCCGGGGCGGCCGGCAGCUGCAGCUGGCGCGGGCCCGGGGCUCGGACGCGGGCAUCUACACCUGCCAGGCCAGCAACCCUGUGGGCGUCGCGGAGAAGGCCGCCCGGCUGGAGGUGUACGUCCCGCCCACCAUCGAGGGCGCCGGCGAGGGGCCGCACUUGGUGAAGGCGGUGGCCGGGAGGCCCCUGGGCCUGGAGUGCGUGGCCCGAGGCUACCCGCCCCCCACCCUGACCUGGUUCCACGAGGGGCUGCCCCUGGCGGAGAGCAACGGGACCUGGCUGGAGGCGGGCGGCGGCCUGCUGAGCCUGGAGAGCCUGGCGGAGGCGUCCGGCGGCCUGUACAGCUGCGUGGCCAGCAGCCCCGCGGGCGAGGCCGUGCUGGAGUACGCCGUGGAGGUGCAGGUGCCCCCCCAGCUCCUGGUGGCUGAAGGCCUGGGCCAGGUGACCACCCUCGUGGGACAGCGCCUGGAAGUUCCCUGCCAGGCCUCGGGCUCCCCGGCGCCCACUAUCCAAUGGCUGCAGAAUGGCCGCCCGGCCGAGGAGCUGGAGGGGGUGCAGGUGGCCGCCCAGGGGACCACGCUGCACAUCGGCCACGUGGAGCCAGGCCACGCGGGCCUCUUCUCCUGCCAGGCCACCAACGAGGCGGGCACCGCGGGCGCCGAGGUGGAGCUGUCUGUGCACGAGCUCCCAUCAGCGGUCAUCGUCGGCGGUGAGAACGUCACCGCCCCCUUCCUGCAGCCUGUGACCCUCCGGUGUGCGGGCACCGGGGUGCCGGCUCCGAGCCUCCGCUGGUGGAAGGACGGGGUGGCCCUGGCAGCCUCGGGGGGGAACCUGCAGAUUGAGAAGGUGGACCUGAGGGACGAAGGCAUCUACACCUGUGUCGCCACUAACGUGGCCGGCGAGAGCAGGAGGGAUGCGGUGCUCAAGGUUUUGGUGCCCCCCAACAUCGAGCCGGUCCUGGCCAACAAGGCGGUGCUGGAAAACGCCUCGGUGACCUUGGAGUGCCUGGCCUCCGGCGUGCCCCCUCCAGACAUCUCCUGGUUCAAGGGCCGCCAGCCUGUCUCUGCUCGGGAGGGCGUCACGGUGUCGGCUGACGGGAGAGUUCUCCGCAUUGAGCGAGCCCGGCUUUCGGACGCCGGGAGCUACCGCUGUGUGGCGUCCAAUGUGGCGGGUGGCACCGAGCUGCAGUACGGCCUGCGGGUCAAUGUGCCUCCGCACAUCACGCUGCCGCCCAGCCUGCCGGGCCCCGUGCUGCUCGGAGCCCCGGUCCGGCUGACUUGCAGCGCCACCGGCAGCCCCAGCCCCACCCUGCUGUGGCUGAAGGACGGAAACCCCGUGUCCACGGCAGGGACCUCCAGCCCCCAGGUCCUUCCCGGGGGCCGCAGCCUCACGCUGGCCAGCGCCCGGGCCUCCGACGCGGGCACCUACUCCUGCGUGGCCGUGAGUGCCGUGGGCGAGGACCGCCGGGAGGUCGCCCUGCACGUCCACGUGCCGCCCAGCAUCCUCGGGGAGGAGAGGAACGUAUCCGUCGUGGCCAACGCGUCGGUGGUGCUGGAGUGCCAGAGCCACGCCGUGCCCCCGCCCGUGCUGAGCUGGCGGAAGGACGGCCGCCCCCUGGAGCCGCGGCCCGGAGCCCGCCUCUCCGCAGACGGGGCCCUGCUGCAGGUGGACAGGGCAGCGGUGAGCGAUGCCGGCCGCUACACCUGCGAGGCGCUGAACCAGGCGGGCCGCUCGGAGAAGCACUACAACCUCAACAUCUGGGUCCCUCCAGCGUUCCCCUCGAGGGAGCCCCGCAUCCUCACCGUGACCGAGGGCCACCCCGCCAGGCUGUCCUGCGAAUGCCAGGGUGUCCCUUUCCCCAAGGUCACCUGGAGGAAGGACGGUCAGCCCGUGCCCGGGGAGGGGCCCGGCCUGGAGCAGGUGUCGGCGGUGGGGCGGCUGCUGUACCUGGGACCGGCCCGGCCGUCCCAGGAGGGGACCUACACCUGUGAGUGCAGCAACGUGGCCGGGAAUAGCAGCCAGGACCAGCAGCUGGAGGUGCACGUUCCCCCGCAGAUCGCCGGCCCCCGCGAGCCCCCCACGCAGGUCUCCGUGGUCCGGGGCGAGGAGACCGCUCUGGAAUGCAACGUCACCGGGAAGCCCCCGCCCAGGGUGACGUGGGAGCGGGACGGCCGGCCGCUGGGAGCCGAGCCCGGCCUGCGGCCCCAGAGCCAGGGGCGGAGCCUGCACGUGCAGCAGGCGCAGGCGGCCCACGCCGGGCGCUACAGCUGCGUGGCUGACAACGUGGCCGGGAGGGCCGAGAGGAGGUUUGCGCUCUCCGUGCUGGUGCCCCCGGAGCUCACCGGAGACUCGGACCCGCUGACCAACGUCACGGCCGCCCUGCACAGCCCCCUGACGCUGCUCUGUGAGGCCACGGGCAUCCCGCCCCCGCGGGUCCGCUGGUUCCGAGGCGAGGAGCCGCUCCGACCCGGAGAGGACACCUACCUGUUGGCCGGCGGCUGGAUGCUGAAGGUGACCCGGAUCCAGGAGCGGGACAGAGGCCUCUACUCGUGCCUGGCCAGCAACGAGGCCGGGGAGGCACGGAGGACCUUCAGCGUGGAGGUCCUGGUUCCUCCCAGUAUCGAGAACGAGGACCUGGAGGAGAUGGUGAAGGUGCCUGAGGGACAGACAGCCAACCUGACGUGCAAUGCCACAGGCCACCCGCAGCCCAGGGUCACAUGGUUCAAAGACGGCCGGCCCCUGGCCGGUGGAGACACCCAGCACAUCUCUCCAGACGGAGCCCUCCUGCAGGUCCUCCAGGCCAACCUGUCCAGCGCCGGCCACUACUCCUGCGUCGCCGCCAACGCCGUGGGGGAGAGGACCAAGCAUGUGCAGCUGAGCGUCCUGGUGGCUCCCUCCAUCAUGGGGGUGACUGAGGAUGGUGCAGACGAGGAGGUGACCGUGACCAUCAACAACCCCAUUUCUCUGAUCUGUGAGGCCCUGGCCUUCCCCUCCCCCACCAUCACCUGGAUGAAGGACGGGUCCCCAUUCGAGGCCUCAAACAACAUCCAGCUGCUCCCAGGCACCCACGGGCUGCAGAUCCUGAACGCCCAGAAGGAAGACGCGGGCCAGUACACCUGCGUGGUCACCAACGAGCUGGGGGAGGCCGUGAAGAACUACCACGUGGAAGUCCUCAUCCCCCCUUCCAUCUCCAAAGACGACUCCCUGGGGGAGGUGGGAGUGAAGGAGGUGAAGACCAAGGUCAACAGCACCCUGACCCUGGAGUGUGAGUGCUGGGCGGCGCCCCCGCCAGCCAUCAGCUGGUACAAGGACGGACGGCCCGUGACCCCCCAUGAGCGGCUCCGCGUCCUGGGGGAAGGGCGGCUGCUUCAGAUCCAGCCCACCCGGGUCUCAGACUCCGGCCGGUACCUGUGCGUGGCCACCAACGUGGCCGGCGAGGACGACCAGGACUUCAGCGUGCUCAUCCAGGUGCCCCCCAUCUUCCAGAAGGUGGGCGAUGCCAGCGCAACCUUCGAGAUCCUGUCCCGGGAGGAGGAGGCCCGGGGUGGGGUGACGGAAUACCGGGAGGUGGUGGAGAACAGCUCCGCAUACCUGUACUGCGACACCAACGCGGUCCCGCCCCCCGAGCUCACCUGGUACCGGGAGGACCAGCCCCUCUCGGCCACCGACGGCGUGUCCGUCCUGCAAGCCCCGCCUGUGAUCCCGGGGGACACGGAGGAGCUGGUGGAGGAGGUGACCGUCAACGCCAGCAGCACCGUCAGCCUGCAGUGUCCGGCCCUGGGCAACCCCGCGCCCACCAUCUCGUGGCUCCAGAACGGGCUGCCCUUCUCCCCGAGCCUGAGGCUGCAGGUCCUGCAGGACGGGCGAGUCUUACAGGUUUCCACGGCGGAGGUGGCGGACGCCGCCAGCUACAUGUGUGUGGCCGAGAACCCAGCGGGCUCCGUGGAGAAGCUCUUCACGCUCAGGGUGCAAGUGCCACCGCACAUCUCCGGCCCGGGCUCCGAGCGGGUCACCGCCAUCCUCAACAGCAGCGUGGCCCUCCCCUGCGACGUGCGAGCUCACCCGAGCCCCGAGGUCACGUGGUACAAGGACAGCCAGGCCCUCCCCCUGGGAGAGGGCGUCUUCCUCCUGCCCGGCACCCACACGCUGCAGCUGGCCCGGGCGCAGCCGGCAGACUCCGGGACGUACCUGUGCGAGGCCCUCAAUGCCGCCGGCCGGGACCGGAGGCUGGUGCAGCUCAGCGUGCUGGUUCCCCCCACCUUCAGGCCGGCACUCGGCGGCCCCCAGGACCGGUUCUCGGUGAGGGCCGGGGACAAGGCCGUCCUGAGCUGCGAGACGGACUCGCUCCCUGAGCCGGCCGUGACCUGGUACAAAGACGGGCGGCCCCUGGUCCCCGCGCAGCGGACCCAGGCUCUGCAGGGCGGGCAGAAGCUGGCGAUCCUGGACACCCAGGUGUCAGACAGAGGCGUGUACAGCUGUAAGGUCCGCAACGCGGCCGGGGAGGCCACGCGGGCGUUCGUCCUCACGGUCCAGGUGCCCCCAACGUUCGAGAACCCCCAGACGGAGACAGUGAGCCAGGUGGCGGGGAGCCCCCUGGUCCUGACCUGUGACGUGACGGGGGUCCCUGCCCCCAGUGUCACCUGGCUGAAGGACAGAAUGCCCGUUGAGAGCAGCGUGGCCCUCGGCGUGGUCUCCCGGGGCGGCCGCCUCCAGCUGAGCCGCCUGCAGCCGGCCCAGGCGGGCACCUACACGUGCGUGGCCGAGAACGCGCAGGCCGAGGCCCGCAAGGACUUCGCGGUGGCCGUGCUGGCCGCCCCCCGGAUCCGCAGUGCAGGCACCCCGCAGGAGCACAGCGUCCUGGAGGGGCAGGAGGCGCGGCUGGACUGCGAAGCCGACGGGCAGCCGCCGCCCGAGGUGGCCUGGCUGAAGGACGGCCGCCCGCUGGGCCAGGGCGCGGGCCCGCACCUCCGCUUCUACCUGGACGGCGGCUCCCUGGUGCUGAAGGGCCUGGCGGCGGCGGACGCGGGCGCUUACACCUGCGUGGCCCACAACGCGGCUGGCGAGGACGCCAGGCUGCACACCGUGAACGUGCUGGUGCCUCCCACCAUCGAGCAGGGGCCCGAGGGCGCAGGGCCCCUGGUGCUCCGGGCCGGGGAGCUGGCGACCAUGGCGUGCCCGGUCCGGGGCUCCCCGCCCAUCCACACGAGCUGGCUCAAGGACGGCCUGCCCCUCCCGCUCUCCCAGCGCACCCACCUCCACGGCUCCGGCCGCGUCCUCCGGAUUUCCCGGGUGCAGCUGGCAGAUGCCGGCGUGUUCACCUGCGUGGCCGCAAGCCCGGCUGGCGUGGCGGACAGGAACUUCACCCUGCAGGUGCACGUGCCCCCCGUCCUGGAGCCGGCGGAGUUCCAGAGCAACGUGGCGGUGGCCCGUGGCUCCCCCGUGGUCCUCCCCUGUGAAGCCCAGGGCAGCCCCCUGCCCCUGGUGUCAUGGCUGAAGGACGGGGAGCCCCUGCUCCUCCAGAGCCUGGAGCGGGGGCCCGGCCUGCAGCUGGAGGCGGCGGGGGCGGGGGACGCGGGCACCUACUCCUGCGUGGCCGUGAGCGAGGCGGGGGAGGCCAGGAGGCAUUUCCGGCUGACGGUGAUGGAUCCCCCCCGCCUGGAGAACCCCGGCCCGCCCGCGGAGCUGACGCUGGCCCCCGGGGCCCCCCUGGAGCUGCGCUGCGAUGCCCGGGGCACCCCCUCGCCCAACGUCACCUGGCACAAGGACGGGCGGGCCCUGAGCAGCCAGGAGGACGGCGGAGGGACGGGGCAGCGGCUCCGGGUGGAGGCCGUGCAGGUGGGCGAUGACGGGCUGUACACCUGCCUGGCCCAGAACCCUGCCGGUGAAAUCGAGAAGAGCUUCCAGGUCAGGGUUCAAGCCCCUCCAAACAUUAUCGGGCCCCGGGGCCCCCGCUCCGUAGUUGGCCUGGCCCCGGGGCAGCUGGUUCUGGAGUGCUCCGUGGAGGCGGAGCCCGCCCCCGAGAUCCAGUGGCACCGAGACGGCAUCCUGCUGCAGGCGGACGCCCACACCCAGUUCCCGGAGCAAGGCCGGUUCCUCCAGCUGCAGGCGCUGAGCACGGCCGACGGCGGCAACUACAGCUGCACAGCCCGCAACGCGGCGGGCAGCACCAGCGUGGCCUUCCGUGUGGACAUCCACACGGUGCCCGCCAUCCAGCCGGGACCAGCAGCCGUGAACGCCUCAGUGAACCAGACGGCCCUGCUGCCCUGCCGGGCGGAGGGCGCCCCGCCGCCCCUCCUGAGCUGGCGGAAGGACGGCGCCCCCCUGGAUCUCGGGAGCCCCAGGUUGCACGUUCUGCCCGAGGGUUCCCUGAGGAUCCAGCCGGUCCUCGCCCAGGAUUCUGGCCACUACCUCUGCCUGGCGUCCAACUCCGCGGGCUCCGACCGGCAGGGCCGUGACCUCCGGGUCUUCGAGCCUCCCGCCAUCGCCCCCGGCCCCGCCAACCUGACCCUGACAGCCCACACCCCCGCCGCGCUGCCCUGCGAGGCCAGGGGCGCCCCCAGACCGCUCGUGGCCUGGUGGAAGGACGGACAGAAGCUGGACUUCCGCCUGCAGCAGGGCGCCUACCGGCUCCUGCCCUCCAACGCCCUGCUCCUCGCAGCCCCCAGCCCCCAGGACACGGCCCAGUUUGAGUGUGUGGCGAGCAAUGAGGUGGGCGAGGCCCGCAGGCGGUACCAGGUGACCGUCCACGUGCCCCCCACCAUCGCCGACGACCAGACGGACUUCAUGGUGACCCGGAUGGCCCCCGUGGUCCUCACGUGCCACAGCUCCGGUGUGCCCGCCCCCGUGGUGUCCUGGAGCAAGGCGGGCGCCACGCUGGGGCCCCGGGGGAGUGGCUACCGUGUCUCCCCUUCGGGCGCCCUGGAGAUCGGGCAGGCCCUCCCCGUGCACGCCGGCCGCUACACCUGCACGGCCCAGAACUCCGCCGGCGUGGCCCGCAAGCACGUGGUCCUGACCGUGCAGGCCUCGCCUGUGGUGAAGCCGCUGCCCGGCGCGGUGCAGGCCCUGGUGGAGGAGGAGGUGCUGCUGCCCUGCCCGGCCUGGGGCGUCCCCCGGCCCAGCGUCACCUGGCAGAAGGAGGGCCUCAGCAUCCCCGAGGGACGGGAUGCCCAGGUCCUGCCCAGCGGGCAGCUGCGGAUCGCCCACGCCCGCCCGGAGGACGCCGGGAACUACUUCUGCAUCGCCCAGAACAGCGCGGGCAGUGCCAUGGGCAAAACCCGGCUGGUGGUGCAAGUGCCUCCCGUGAUUGAGACCGGCCUCCCGGACCUGGCGGCCACCGAAGGCUCCCACGCCCUCCUGCCCUGCGCCGCCCGGGGCAGCCCCGAGCCCGACAUCAGCUGGGAGAAGGACGGCCGGCCCGUGUCCGCGGCCGAGGGCAAGUUCAGCAUCCAGCCCUCCGGGCAGCUGCUGGUGAAGAACUCGGAGAGCCAGGAUGCUGGGACCUACACCUGCACGGCCGAGAACCCCGUGGGCCGCGCCCGCCGCCGGGUGCACCUCACCAUCCUGGCGCUGCCCGUCUUCACCACCCUGCCCGGCGACCGCAGCCUGCGCCCCGGGGACCCUCUGUGGCUCCGCUGUGCGGCCCGGGGCAGCCCCACCCCUCGCAUCGGCUGGACCGUCAACGACCGGCCCGUCACAGAGGGCGUGUCCGAGCAGGACGGGGGCAGCACGCUGCAGAGGGUGGCGGUCAGCCGGGAGGACAGCGGGACCUACGUCUGCUGGGCAGAGAACCGAGUGGGCCGCGUGCAGGCCGCCAGCUUCGUCCAUGUGAAGGAGGCUCCUGUCCUGCAAGGGGAAGCCUUCUCCUACCUGGUGGAGCCUGUGGGGGGCAGCGUCCGCCUGGACUGUGUGGUCCACGGAGACCCGGCGCCUGACAUCCACUGGAUCAAAGAUGGCCUUCCGCUGCGGACCAGCCGUCUCCGGCACCGGCUGCAGAACGGCUCGCUGACCAUCCGCAGGACGGAGAUGGGCGACUCGGGGCGGUACCAGUGCCUGGCAGAGAACGAGAUGGGCGCCGCGGAGAAGGUGGUGGUCCUCCUGCUGCAGAGGCAGCCCCAGGGGGCCCGGGGCAGCGUGAUCGGGGUGAUCAACGGCGAGGAGCUUGGCAUGGCCACUCUCAAUGCCAGCGUGCAGCAGGAGGCACGCUCGGGGCUCACCACCUUCCGGAGCAGCAUCAACCACAUCCCUGCGAGUGUGGGUGAGUGGGGACCGGCCCCCGUGCAGAGCCGGAAGGAGGCACAGCCUGGGCUCCGAGGCCACUCCAGCCCGGCUCCCGGAGGAAGUGCAGCCACCUCUAAGAGCUGA